AUGAGCGACCCUUCAAACGGCGUUCCUUCCCAAGCGGAGAGUCUCAAGAAAGGUAACCGGUAUUUCAAAGGAGGUCAAACGGUCUUCCUAUGCCCGGACCCCUUGGACAUCUCUACCCUCUCCCCCAGAAACGAAGUCAUCACCGUCCUCUCCAGCCGAGACGGCAAGCUCGUGGUCAACCAUGACUCCUCCUACGUGACCAAGCUCGGAUAUAGAGUACGACGUGCCGAGUCUGAAGCGAUGAACACGGUGGCUGCACAGAAGCGUACCACUGUUCCUCUGCCUUGGGUCAAAUCUACGAGUUUCAGUCCGACCGAGCACUAUGCUUCUGAAGACUAUGGCGAGAUCAAGAUGACUUACAUCCAAGGAUCUACUCUGGAAUCGAAGUGGGAUACGCUGGAUCAGGAGAGCAAGGAGUUUGUUUGUCGCGAGAUUUGGGAUAUUGUCUGGAGGAUUCGGGAUAUUGAACGCACGGAUCUGGUCGGUGGUAUUUACCAAUGUGCCGCUGAUGGCACUCCGUCAAAGGGCAUGCUUGAGGAUCUUCAGAAACCAGCUCGGCCGUUGACGAGUGAUGGGGAGGUGCGAGCUCGCCUGUAUGAGCGCUAUCUUCACGCUGGAGGUCGGGUCCUGAGAGAUUUGUUGCCUGAAUUACUGCCACGAUCUGAGCACUCUGUGUUUACUCACGGUGAUAUUGCGCCUUGGAAUGUCAUGGUCGAUGACCAGAACAAGAUCACGGGCAUCCUUGGUUGGAAAUUUGCAGGUUGGUACCCUGACUAUUGGGAGUACGCGCAGAUCAUGAACGUUCCGUUCUCGGACUGGUCGGAGUGGAUGGAACGGACUGCGGCUCACCAAUGGGACAUCGACGGGAUUGAUGCUGUCAAGGAGAUCGUGUCCUAG